GCUCUGAUCAACAAUGCUGGAGUUUGUAUUUUUGGACUGUUUGAAUGGCAGACAUGGAAGCAAUGCGAGACUCAAAUCCAAGUUAAUGUUUUGGGAACCAUGCGCCUAACUAGAGCGUUCAUACCUCUGUUGAGAAAAACAAAAGGGGAAAGUUGGCAUCCCUGUUUAUUCGGUAUCUCUCAUUUAGUUCCAACCGGAUCUUGUGAACUCUCAGGGCGCUGUUUGAAUCUUUACCGUUUGGAACACCCUGUACAAAUUGUAAAAAUAUUGACGUCUAUGACCAGCGUUAAUGGCUUCCUUGCUUACCCUAGUCUGAGCGUAUACAGUGCCAACAAAUUUGCCCUGGAAGGACUAAACAACGCUCUCCGGGUCGAACUCUAUGAUCAGUAUGGCAUCAGGGUAAUUAUAGUGCAACCUGGUGAUUAUGCCAAACUGACGUCCAUCAUGUCACGCCACGAGCAACAUGCCAACGAAAUGUGGGAAAACAUGUCGCCGGAAGACUAAAACAGUUGCGGUGACUUUUUUCACAAGUACCAUCGCCAAGCUAUAAAAAAAUCUGGUCUCACUAGCCCAGUUAGUUUCAAAGGCUGCCAUUUACUGCGGGACAU